UCAACAUUUGAGUCUGGACGCAGUAGUACACGUGUUAUAAAGAUAUUAAACUUGCCACGUUCUCCUGAAGCUCAUAUGUAUUAUUUUCUCACUACAACUUCUACUUUCCUCAACUUUCUCGGCUUCCAAACAGAUCUCCCUACCAAAAAUGUCAAAUCUUUCUUCAAAACCCUACCAAAUCGGCUAUGCUUUAACUCCGAAAAAAGAGCAAACUUUCAUCGUACCGUCCCUCCUUUCCUGCGCCUGCCAGAAUGGCGUUGUUUUAACCAAAAUCGACCCCACCAAACCUUUGAUCCAACAAGGACCCUUCGACUGCAUCCUCCACAAAUUGUACGACUCCGACUGGAAACAAAAUCUUCAAGACUUCGCUUCCCGAAACCCUAACAUCCCCAUCAUCGACUCUCCAGAGUCCAUCGACAUCCUCCGAAACAGAAUCUCAAUGCUCGAAACGGUUUCGAAACUAAAAAUAAACAACACCGGAGUCCCCAAACAAAUCACCAUUACCGAAGUUACGGGUUUGGAAAAUUUGAAACUCAACUUUCCGUUAAUCGCGAAGCCGUUAGACGCGGACGGCAGUGAGACGUCGCACAAAAUGCACCUCAUCUUCGACAAAGAUGGGUUAAAUAACUUAACGGCGCCGUUUGUUUUGCAGGAGUUCGUUAAUCACGGCGGCGUCGUCUUUAAAGUCUACGUGGCCGGCAAAUAUUUCCGGUGCGUGAAACGGAAGUCGUUACCCGAUAUUUCGGAGGAGAAACUGGUAAAUUUGAAAGGUUCACUGCCGUUUUCGCAGGUCUCGAAUUUGGCAGCGGCAGGGGGAGGGGAAGGUUGUAAAUUUGAAAAGACGGAAAUGCCCCCGGAGAGUUUAGUGAAGGAGUUGGUAGAAGGGUUAAAGGAGGAAUUGAGGUUAAAUUUGUUUAAUUUCGAUGUGAUUAGGGAUGGGAAAAACAAGGAGAAUUACCUAGUCAUUGAUAUCAAUUAUUUUCCGGGGUAUGCCAAAAUGCCGGAUUUUGAGUCUGUCAUUACCGAUUUUUUACGUGAUGUUAUGCACAAGGACAUAAACUGCGGGGAUAAUUGAGGAUUGGAGAUGCCAAAUAUAGGUACUUUCUGAAUAUUUCCAGGUUUUAAUAACCUCACAUAUUGGCAUGCUUUGUAUCAUCAUAUACUCAUACUUGUUUCCUAUAUGAAAUGUGGGUUUGUUUUGUUCUUGUUUGCUGCAAA